AUUUGUUUGGGCCAUUUAGCUCACAGUCUACAGUUCCCAUUCUCUCUUCCCCCUUCCAAAACCCUAACUUGAGAAAUAUCGAAAUCUCAAAACCCCCUGACACUGAGCUCUCUCUUCUUCUCCACUCUGAAGGAAAAAAGCAGCUCGAAAUCAUGAGAAAUCAACUGCUGCGGUUGCUUCUCCUGCGGUCUCACCCUUCAUCUCAGCCCCGCAUUUCUCAGGUACACCAUCUUUGCUCCUUCACUUCCCCACUUCUCCACCCGCGCGCACCUAGCGUGACUCUUGAACCCUUUGCCUUACCUCGUCAUUUUGCGUCGUCGCCUGAGCUCGCCGUUGAGCCGCCCAAACCCCCAUCCGAUCAAGCUAUCUUUUUUCGUGAUAUUUUUGCUGAACCUGGAAAAUCUAAUGACGAGAUUAAGCUGGAUUUAGAUCGUAAGAAUAUUGUUGUUACUCAUGAUUUGAUUUUGAGUGUUUUGAAAAAUUCCGAUACUGCACCUGAUGUUGCUAAGCGGAUUUUUGAUUGGGUUUUGGAGAGUCAAGGCGAGAAAUUGAGUUCCAAGUCUUAUAAUUUGAUGCUUGGUAUUUUGGGCGGUAAUGGGUUUGUGAAGGAGACUUGGGAUAUGAUUGCGAUUAUGAAAAAGAAAGGAUAUGGUGUGUUGAAGGGUGCAUUUACUAGAAUAUCUGAGAAGUUCGAGAAAGAUGGAUUGACUGAUGAUGUUGAGAAGCUGAAGGAUUUAUAUGCUCGGGGCUCGGCGAGUUGUGAGAAAAAUUAUGCAAGUGGGGAGAAUGGCUUUGAAGAGGUCUGUUCUAAGGUUAGUAAAAUCAUUAGGAGAGAAGUAUGGGGAGAGGAUGUGGAGAAACAGUUGCAGGAAUUGGAUGUUGAGUUCUCUAGUGAUCUGGUUGCAAGGGUGUUGGAGAAUCUUGAAAUGGAGCCCAAUAAAGCACUGAUUUUCUUUAGGUGGGUUCAGGAGAGUGGUUCAUUUAAGCAUGAUCAGCGAUCUUUUAAUGCAAUAGCCAGAGUGUUGAGUAAAGAGGAGCACACUCAGAAGUUUUGGAGGGUUGUUAAUGAAAUGAGAAGUGAAGGGCAUGAUAUGGAGAGAGAGACCUACAUUAACAUUUUGGAGCGGUUUGUUAAGCGGAAAAUGCUUCAGGACGCUGUGGAUUUGUAUGAAUUUUCCAUGCUUGGUGGAAAUAAGCCUUCAGUGCUGGACUGCACCUUCCUUCUGAAGAAAAUAGUGGUUGGCAAGGAGCUGGACAUGGACUUGUUUUUUAAAGUUAUGCAGGUCUUUAAGGCCAAUGGAAAUGUAUUGACUAAUGCUAACCUUGAUGCCAUUAUCAAGUCUUUAACUAGUGUUGGGAGGAUGACAGAGUGCAAUAGAAUAUUGGCAGCAAUGGAGGAGGCUGGUUAUGUACCUACUGGUUCUUCACGAAGUAAUAUUGCCUUUAAGCUUAGUAGAGGUGGAAAAACAAAGGAGGCAACAGAGUUAAUGGAAAAGAUGGUGGCUUCUGAGCAUAGUUCAGAUUACAGCACUUGGAUGUCUUUAAUUAAAGGAUAUUGUGUGGCUCGUGAUCUGGAUGAAGCCUGUAAUAGUUUCAAAGAGAUGGUUGACAAAGAAGGGGCAUCUUCUGCUGGGCCUGCUUUAGAUUUGUUGGUUGGUACAUAUUGUCGGAAAAACAGACCAUUGGAUGCAUACAACUUUCUUGUGGAGAUGGUCACUGGUAGAGGCUUAAGUCCUUGGCACACCACUUACAAAGCAUUGACAAGCAAGCUGUUAGCAAAAAAACAUUUCAAACAAGCACUAGGUGUUAUGGAUAUGAUGAAGGACCAAGGUUACCCUCCAGACUUGGAUUCCUUUGUUGGGUAUCUCUCAAGAACUGGUUGUGUUGAAGAUGCUGUUAUAUUUUCACAAACAAUGACAUCGAAAAGAUUUCCAGCAACAUCCGUGUUUCUCCGGUUGUUUGAGGCAUAUCUUAAAGCUGGAAGGCGAACUGAGGCCCAGGACUUUCUCUCAAGAUGCCCAAGAUACAUCAGAAAUCAUGCAGAUGUUUUGAAUCUAUUUUGUUCCACACAAUCUGGUGUAACCAGGACUGCAGCUGUUGCUGUGUAGUUUUAGAUAUAAUAUUCUUGUUUCCUGUUGCACCAUAAGUCGAGAAUGUCCUUGAAUCUUUUUGUUUCUCUUGCCUCCAUCGCAAUUUGCCACUUUAUUUAUUUUGGAGCAUGCUUGAGUUUUGACAUGAUUAUCAAUAAAGUUGCACAAAUUCUCCUUA